AUAAAAUAAAAAUAAUACUUUCUUCAAAAUUGGAAACUCUCGCCAACUCAAAUAAAAAUAAAGGAAAAAAAAAAAAUGAAAAGGAAGGCAGAAGCGAGAGGUUGAGUGGCAAUUGGUAAAAACCGGACAAUAAACGAGGGUGUUUACGUCCAAUGAAAAUACGAGGGUGGUUAAGUGGCAAUUGGUAAAUCCCAACAAUAACCUAGGGUAUUUACGUCUAAUAGAAAAUAAAAUUUCCCGCCAUGGCCUUUUCUUUUUUGUUUUUCGCUCUUUGUAUGCCAACCUUGUCGCUUCGUUACCUCUUCACAUUCCAUACAUUUUCCAUAUUUCUUUUUUCCACAGAAUUCCAUUUCAGGAAAACGCUAGCGAAAACGAAACCCUCAUUUUCACACAGAGAGCUCCAAAGAAACCAUCCAUGGCGGACGAGAUCGGUAAUUACUUGGAAGCAGGCCAAGAAGUUGAAGUCAUCAACAAGGUUCCGAACAAACAUACCAUGAUGCUCCCGGCCAUCAUCAUCCAGAAAGGUUCGGACACGGCCUUCUUGGUCGAGUACAAAGCGGCAUCGGUGGCGAAGCCUGAGAGUUCCAAGAUUGGCUCCGGAAGCAAGCGCAAAAGCACUGGUGGUGUUUCCAGAGAGGAGGUGGACGUGGAGCUCUUGAGGCCCGUCCCUGCCAGAGAGAGCGACGACUAUGAGUUCCGUUUCGCCGAGAAAGUCGAUGCGUUGUUUGGUGAAGGUUGGCGUUACGGCGUCGUCGUUGACGUCAAGAAGAAUUUGACGUUCGACAUUUUCUUGGAGUUCGAGAAGAAGCCACUCAAGUUUGCUUUGUCGGAGAUCAGGGUUCAUCGCGACUGGGUUAACGGAGCUUGGGAUCCUCCUCUGCAAGAAAAGCAAGAAAUGGAUGUAUCAGUUGCUGCAGAAGAAACACCAAAAAAGAAGAUGAAACUAAGCAAAGGGGCAGAUGUUGAGGUUCGUAGUGAUGAAGAUGGACUUCAAGGUGCUUGGUUUGCUGCAACUGUUGUCAAAACGUUGGGGAAGGACAAGUUUCUCAUUGAGCAUAAGAACAUAAUGAGCAACGAUAAAAAAGAGCUUCUCACUGAAGAGGUUGAUUCACAGCACGUAAGGCCUAAUCCACCAGAAUGUGUUGCCGUUGAUGCUUUCAGUCUCAAUGAAAAAGUUGAUGCUAUGUAUAGAGAUGCAUGGUGGGAGGGUGAGAUUAUCAAGGUCCUUCGUGGGGGAAAGUAUAGAGUUCACUUUGAAGGAACAGGGGACAGAAUGACUUUUGAACACUCUCUCUUAAGGCAGCACCAAGAUUGGACUGAUGGCAAAUGGGUGUUGGCUUCUCAGGCCACGGAAGACAAGAGUCACAAAACUGAUCCAUGAACAGUGGAAAGAGUAACUUUGCAAUUUGAAAUGAAGUGCUGAAAGCUUACCAUCCGGAGAAGUUGUCCAUGUUGGCUAUUCAUUGGCAUGUUGCCCGACCCUUUUGGAGAGUUUCUUUGAAGAACAUUUUUACCGGUCUAACAAAGAAAACUCUUACUAGUUUUUUGGAUAUACUCUUAGGUAGUUGGAAUUGCCUAUCACUGUAAGAAAAUGCUUUGGGAAUGUUUCAUGGUUAGCAUUUACUUCACGAGGUAGCAGAUGCAUACCAUACCAUAGAUUUUUGAUUGAUCUGAAACUUUUUCUUGAAUAAUAGGAAAUAA